AUGACGAUUACGAAUACAUCAAUUAAAAAUAAUAUUGAUCAUCUUAUCAAUGCUAAAAUAAAUGGAUAUUAUGUAUUAGGUAAAAAUAAUUCUCAACUUGUUCGAAAUCAAUUAGAUCUUCUUGGUUUCAAUCGUUACGAUUCUUUGCCUAUUGGUGGUGUAAAAUUCAAUUGGAUAACACGUAAUGUUGAUAUUGAUUGGAAAACAUAUGAUUCAAACUUUCAAAUUCUUAAUCAUAUUUAUAAUGAAAGACAAUUAUCGAAUAAAGGUUUAUUAUUAACUAAUUUAAGAGAUUAUGAAAUGAUUGUAUUAAAAAAUAAUCGUGUUAAUGGAAUAUCAUUAUCAAAUAAUGAUAAUUAUCUAUUGUUAAAAACAUUUCUACCUGAAACAUAUCUACUUGAUAAUGUAAAUGAUCGAAUUAGUUUUAUGAAAAAAUUUAAAGAAGGUUCAACAUGGAUUUGUAAACCUGUAGGACUUUCAUGUGGACGAGAAAUAUUUAUUUUUCGUAAUCAACAACAACUUGAAAAUAUUUUGAAUGAAUAUCAUAAAAAUACUCGUAAUAAUCAUUAUUAUACAUUAUAUUAUAAUCGUCUUGUUCAAAAAUAUAUUGAAAAUCCAUUACUUAUUAAUAAACAUAAAUUUGAUAUUCGUACAUAUUUAUUAUGUAUUUGUAUAUCAAAUCAAAUUUUAUGUUUUGCUGCACAAACAGGAUAUCUUCGUUUAUCUAUGUAUGAAUAUAAUUUAGAAAAUAUGAAUAAAUUUAUUCAUUUAACAAAUCAAAGUAUUCAAAUAAAAAAUAAAGAUUUUUCAUCAGUAAAACAUAAUACUGGUAUGACAAUGGAAGAAUUUAAUGAAUAUUUUAAUAAAUAUAUUCAACCGAAUAUGUCUUAUAUUAAUAAAGAUUGGGUAUUUAAUGAAUUACCCGAAAAAAUUACAAAAAUUCUCAAUCAAGUAGCUGAUUCAGUUAGAAAUAAACUAUCAAUACGUGAAGGAUGUUUUGGUUUUUAUGGUGUAGAUAUUUUAAUUGAUGAAAAACUUAAUUGUUGGUUACUUGAAAUUAAUAGUGGACCUACAUUAGAUAUGACUAAUGCAGCACUAGAAAAAGUUAUUCCAAUGUGUCUCAAUGCAGCUAUCAAUAUAGUAAUUGAAUCUUUGAAUAAUUAUCGUUCAUUAGGCUCAAUAUUUCCUCUUCACAGUUCAAAUCUCUUUAAAUAUUUGUUACCAUCAGAUCAUUCUACACUAUCACCGAUUAUAUCGAAUCAUAUUCCAAUUUUUACAUCUAUGAAUAGUCAUUGUAUUGAUUUAACACCAGGAGUACUUGUUUCAUCUCAUCACUAUCGUCGAUUAUCUUCACUUUUGCCUUCAAAAUCACCCAAUCAUCUAUCUAAACCUAUUCUUAAAAAAAUUAAAUCAACUCAAAAAAAAUUAAAAUCAAUUACAAGACAAAGUCAAUCGAUCGUUCAUAAUGUUAUUUCAAAAAGGGAUCGAGAACAUUUGUCACAUCAACUUACUGAAUUUAUUCGGAUGAAUAAUAAAUCACUAACAUCAAACAAUAGAUUAUAUGACUAA